AUGACAGUUACUUUGACGCCAUCACGCACACCUGUGCAUCCUGUUUACGCUGCAGCUUUUGAAGCGAACAAAAAGGGUCCGGCUUUUGACCCUUCUGAUUGCACCGAAUAUCGUGCCAUGGCCAACAAGCGAUUGAAUGGCAUUCAACUCCCCGAGGUCAUUGAAAAAGAUAUGGUAGUCACCAUGGGCGAAAAGACCAACAUCAAAGUGACAUUAAUGAGACCCAUUGGCACCGAGAAUGAACUUCUUCCUGCUGUUGUCUUUUUCUUUGGUGGUGGAUGGGUGAGUGGAUCCAAGCACACACAUGGCAAGUUGGUGCGAGAUAUUUGCGUUAAAGCCAACGUUGCUAUUAUUUUUCCCGAACAUUCAUUGGCCCCGGAUGUAAAAUUCCCCACGAUCCAUGAAGAAUGCUACUCGACCGUGUGCUGGGCUCUUGAAAAUGGCCAUGGUAUUGGCAUUGAUCCCACCAUGCUAGCUGUGUGUGGUGAUAGUGCUGGUGGUAACGUAGCCGCUGUGGUAUGCCAGAUGGCCAAGGAACGUCAACAUUUUGAUAUCAAGAACAUCAAAUCUCAGAUCCUUAUUUACCCAUCCACAUCGCCAUGUGGUCGCAGUAGUACGGAUUUUCCAUCCUUUACGGAAUUUGGUGGCGGUGAUUAUGAUUUGUCAAUUGAGGAGGUGUACAUCAUGGAACACGCAUACAAUGAUAACAAACCAGAGGCCAAGAUGAGCAAUCAUAUGAGCCCCAUUUUGGCGUCCGUGGAAGACUUGAAAGGUUUACCACCCGCUCUGGUAUUGACCGCUGAGGCCGAUGUGUUGCGUGAUGAAGCUGAAGCGUAUGCGAGAAAGCUAACAAAAGCUGGCGUGGAUACAGCAUGUGUGCGUGUCAUUGGAGCAACCCAUGGAUACAUGAAUAAUCCUAUAGAGACCAGCCUAUAUACCCAAUCGAUGGCAAUGAUCAAGUACCAGCUUGACAAAGCAUUUGAUAGACUUUGA